AUCUGCUGGGCUUUUUCUCCCCUUUCCCCAUCCCUCCAUCCAUCCGUCUGUGUUGAGUGUGUGUGCAUGUGUGACCGUGUGUGUGUUUGUGUGUGGGGGUGGAUAUCCCCCUCCCUCCCCGUCUCUCUCUCUCUCUCUCUCUCUCACACACACACACACACACAGAGAAGCCGGGCUCUGCUAACAUGAACUUGAAGACUUCCAUCAGCCACAUGCAUGUGGCACCUGGGAUGUUUUGGGAUCCAGAUGCUCAGAGAACCUGCAGGCUGCUUUGUCGCUCUGCAUAAUCUUUUGGAAACAAAAAGCGGGGGGGGGGGGGAGAAGAAGUUUAUCCACUCUCUAUGCAUCCCUGUCUUCUCUUCAGUGUGUGUGAGUUGUGUGUGAGUGUGUGUGUGUGCGCGCGCUGUGGAUAUUACUGAGUAAGGAGUCUCAAGAAUUCAGUCAUUUGGACUUCGUUGAAUCAGAUUCCAUCUGCCAAGGUUUCUUCAUUUUUCAUAGCUGGAGAUCAAGGGAGGAUUUUUUUUUAAAAAAAAAUAUCUAUCUUCAUUUGAAGAAAGAAAGGGGGGCAAAGGAUGCAUGGCAUAGCAAGAAGAAGUAAGUACCUUCUGGAGAUUAUAUUACCAAACCAGGGAUAAAUGUGAUUCCUCAAAGGCCCAUCGUGUGAUUUACCAUGGAAAACUUGCUCUGCGGCAUCCUGGUGUUUGGAGUGGCUGUUGUCAACGCUUGUCCAAAAUAUUGUGUCUGUCAGAACCUGUCUGAGUCACUAGGGACACUUUGCCCCUCUAAGGGCCUCCUUUUUGUACCACCAGACAUAGACAGGAGGACUGUUGAACUCCGACUUGGGGGCAACUUCAUUAUUAACAUCAGUAGACAGGACUUUGCCAACAUGACCGGUCUUGUUGAUCUCACAUUGUCUAGGAAUACUGUCAGUUAUAUACAGCCCUAUUCUUUUGCUGACUUAGAAAGCCUACGGUCUUUGCACUUGGAUAGUAACAGGCUGCCCAACAUUGGGGAGGAUAUUUUAAGAGGCCUGAUUAACCUUCAGCACUUGAUUCUAAACAACAACCAGUUGAGCUGUAUAUCAGAUGAAGCCUUUGAAGACUUCUUGUUCACUUUGGAAGAUCUGGAUCUUUCUUACAAUAACCUCCGAAGCAUCCCUUGGGAAUCUAUAAGGAAGAUGGUUAAUUUACACCAGAUUAGUUUGGAUCAUAAUUUGAUAGACUAUAUCACAGAGGGGACAUUUGCAGACCUCCAGAAACUGGCCAGGUUGGAUCUAACAUCCAACAGACUACAAAAGCUUCCUCCUGAUCCCAUAUUUGCCAGGUCCCAAAUAUCUCCACUAACCUCAACUCCCUUUUCCCCACCUCUAUCUCUGAGCUUUGGAGGAAACCCUUUGCAUUGUAACUGUGAGCUGCUGUGGCUGCGGCGUCUCGACAGAGAUGAUGACAUGGAAACCUGUGCUUCCCCUCCAGGUCUAAAAGGCAGGUACUUCUGGUAUGUCCGGGAAGAGGAAUUUAUUUGUGAGCCCCCUCUGAUUACCCAGCAUACUCACAAAUUGUUGGUUUUAGAAGGACAGACAGCUACUUUAAAGUGCAAAGCCAUUGGAGAUCCAUCUCCAGUCAUUCACUGGGUGGCUCCAGAUGACAGGCUUAUUGGGAAUUCUUCAAGGACUGCUGUCUAUGACAAUGGCACCUUAGAGAUACUGAUCACAACAUCCAAGGAUUAUGGGACAUUCACAUGCAUAGCAGCCAAUGCAGCCGGAGAGUCCACUGCGACAAUUGAGUUGUCUAUUGUUCAGCUUCCACAUCUCAGCAAUGGGACUGGCCGGGCAGCCCCACCCAAAUCAAGACUUUCUGACAUCACCAGCUCCAGCAAGUCUACUCGAGGAGAGACCAAAGGGCCACCCGAAAGGGCUGUCUUGGUCUCUGAGGUGACAACUACCUCAGCUUUGGUCAAAUGGACGGUGAGCAAGUCAGCCCCGAGAGUUAAAAUGUACCAGCUACAAUAUAACUGCUCUGAUGAUGAAGUUUUAAUUUACAGGAUGAUUCCUGCGACAAACAAGGCAUUUGUGGUGAACAACCUGGUCUCGGGAACAGGCUACGACCUUUGUGUUCUGGCCAUGUGGGAUGACACGGCCACAACCCUCACCGCUACCAACAUUGUGGGCUGUGCCCAGUUCUACACCAAAGAGGACUACCCUCAGUGCCAGUCCAUGCACAGCCAGUUCCUGGGUGGGACGAUGAUCCUAAUCAUUGGCGGCAUCAUUGUGGCAACUCUGCUGGUGUUCAUUGUCAUCCUCAUGGUCCGGUACAAGGUUUGUAACAAUGCCCCAGGGAAGAUGGCUAACGUCAGUAAUGUCUACUCACAAACCAAUGGAUCCCAACCAGUCCAGAAUGGGGUCCUGCCACAAGUUAACCCCAAGGUGGUGGUAAGGAAUGAGCUCAUGGAGUUUAACUGUGAGUCUGCACACAGCAGCAUCUCCUCUUCCUCUAGCUCUGUGAAUAGUCAUGACUGCGAUGGCUACAGCCUCCAAAGUGAGCAGGGCACAUUGUCCAGUAAGUGGAGGCCUCCAUCCAGGUCCAAGCACAACAACAUUGAUCGGCUCAUGGGAGCUUUUGCCUCCCUGGAACUGAAGUGUCAGAAAAAGGAGGACACAAUAGACUCCAGAACUUCAACAGUGGCCCGUCAUUCCGACAAGGAGCCACUGCUGGGCCAGCAGGAGUCCAAAUUCCGUAGCCUCCUCAUGUUACCACUGGAGGGUAAAACUAAGCGUAGCCAUUCGUUCGACAUGGGGGACUUUUCCGCUUCUCAGUGUUGCAACUACCCCAAAAAGAUCACAAACAUUUGGACAAAGCGUAGUCUCUCAGUGAAUGGCAUGCUUUUGCAGUACGAUGACAGUGACCUGACAGGGGCAAAGGGGACUUAUGGGAGCUCAGAGUGGGUCAUGGAAAGCACAGUGUAAAUACAAGUUGCCCUCCAUUCCAUUCUCAGUCCCUCCAAGCGUAACAAAGUCCACAAUCGUUUAAAAGGCCAUAAAUACGAAGGGAGAGGAAAUGAAACACAUUCUCAGCCGUAUACUGGUCAGUAAAUAUUAAAAUUAAAAAAAUAAUAAAAGCAGGAUAAGAGAGGCCAUGAAAUAUUAAUAGAUGUGUGUGUGGAGCUGAUGAAAUGCCCCGCACACAUUUGUUAUGUAUGUGUGGAUGUUUCAAGGAAACCACUGGUAGCUUUCCAAAAGUCUCCCAGCCUCCUGGUGAACUGUCAAUCAAGAUUAAAUGAGGAUUAAAGCAGGUUAAGCAACAUAUUUUUCAUUCAAAGGGUAACUCCCUCCCUCUUCAUUUUCUCAUUGUCUGAGAAGAACACUCCCGUGGACCUCAGCCUGGCAGGAGGAUAACCCCAGCUGCCACCCGUGGGAGGACCUGCAUAAAGACAACAUCUGGAGAGAAAGAGAGACCGUGUGCAAGCCGUCUUCUCAGCUUAAUCUCACUGUGGUAGCAGCAGCAGCAGAUGGAGGUUUUCUUGCUAAGGACUUUUCUUCCUCCAGGAAUAAAAGGGUCUGUUUUGGUGUUGGUUUUGGUUCACUUUUUAUUUUUUCUCACAAAACCUUUUUGGCAGAGCUGGGGAUAUUAAGAAAAGAACAACCUGGUGGACUGUAGAACGCUCGUCCUCUUCUGCACAACUCUUGUCCUCUUGACGUCCUAGAAGAACGGAAAUCUAGGCAUUAAUGUGGCUUUUGUUAAUCUUUCCCCCCUUUCCAUUUUGUUGAUGAUCUCCUGUUGUCCAUGUGUAAGGCAGAUUGCAGCAGAUAUUUCUAAAUGGUAUAAGGAACCUUGCUAUCAGAGAUGGGGUGGGAUGGGAAUGCCCAGUUAUAUUAAGCGGGGGGGCAGGGUUAUGGGAAAGUUGCUCCGGCAUCCUCUUCACAAAUUGUUUCUAGCCAAGGUUAUGCAGUCGCUCUCUGUUCAACUGAGCAAGAAAAACACAGACUCACACACCAUUGUGACAAAAAAAAACCACCCCCAAACCCUCCUCGUGCACUCAGUACCACAAAAUAGCAUGUAACCAGGUUAUCCAAAACAUGGGCAUGAGAUUUGAGAUCUCUAGGCAUGUCAUGUGAUUGAAUGUGUGAUGAUGGGAAUGUCCCCAGUGAGGCACGGAAAACAAGGUGCGUCGCAGAAUAAGGGGGAUUCCAGAUCCAGCGGCAUCUUCUCCUCUCCUUGUCCCUCACCACAAGCACUUGCCCUUCCCUCUUGCCAAGGUCCUUGCCAAUUGAGAUCAUCCAUGACAGCUUGUAAACGGAUUAUCAAAGGCGUUUAGAAGAGCAUUGCCACAAUACCUGGAACUGUUGUGGAUGUGCAUGCUCUGUCCCGUCCUCCCUACCACUCUACAUCCAGAAUUGACUGUGAAUUUGCAGCACUUACAGCAAUGAGAGCAACUGCCUUUAAUCCAGUUUCAUUUUCUGUAUUUAUUUGUUCCCAAGGAUCUGUCCACUGGGAACCUCUCUUUCUGAAAUUCCCCCUUCUUUAUUAUUUUGAAAGGGUGUGCCAGAGAAAGCUUGUAAGGCACAGAAGAAAGACACACACAAAAUCUCUAUGUAUUUUUUUUUUUUAAAGAAAGCUGAGAGAUAUAUUGUGACAUGGCUGUGUACUUGAUCUUGUUAUUUGUCAUGUUUCCUAUUUGGAGUUUUAGAAAAUGACAUCCCUGUGAUCAAAAUAUUUUCUUUCCCCCCCUCUUUUGCUACAAAAUGUACAGUAAAAAACCUAUUGGGAAAAAUGAA